UUCAGGCUGAGCACAAUAUUCUUAUGCACCCAUUUCAUAUGUUAGGCGUAGCUGGUGUAUUUGGCGGUUCCCUAUUCAGUGCUAUGCAUGGUUCCUUGGUAACUUCUAGUUUGAUCAGGGAAACCACAGAAAAUGAAUCGGCUAAUGAAGGUUACCGAUUCGGCCAAGAGGAAGAAACGUAUAAUAUAGUAGCCGCUCAUGGUUAUUUUGGACGAUUAAUUUUCCAAUAUGCUAGUUUCAAUAAUUCUCGUUCAUUACACUUCUUUUUAGCUGCUUGGCCUGUAGUAGGUAUUUGGUUCACUGCUUUAGGUAUCAGCACUAUGGCAUUCAAUCUAAAUGGUUUCAAUUUUAAUCAAUCCGUAGUUGAUAGCCAGGGGCCGGGUAAUUAAUACUUGGGCUGAUAUAAUUAAUCGUGCUAACCUUGGUAUGGAAGUUAUGCAUGAACGUAAUGCUCACAAUUUCCCUCUAGACCUAGCUGCUAUCCAAGUUAUAGCUACAAAUGGCUAGAGACUUCGUCUCUUAGUAUAUAGAUAGAGAAUCUAUUUAAAAUAGAAUAAAGGAGCAAUUCCGCCUUCUUGUCUAGAACAAGAAAUCGGUUAUUGCUCCUUUAUUGAUUCCUUUUUGAAAAUAACAUAGUUUAGUCGGGGGCGGAUGUAGCCAAGUGGAUUAAGGCGGUGGAUUGUGAAUCCACUAUGCGCGGGUUCAAUUCCCGUCGUUCGCCCCAUCACUCGAAUUAUCGUUUCGAUAAAUUCUAUAAAUGGGUGAAUAUAUGAGUGAAAGUAAAUAACAUGCCGCUAUGGUGAAAUUGGUAGACACGCUGCUCUUAGGAAGCAGUGCUAGCGCAUCUCGGUUCGAGUCCGAGUAGCGGCCAUAAAAAAUAAGAGUAAUCUUUUGUUCUUUUUCAUUUUUUUCUUAUCUAAUUCGGAGUUUAAAUCUUAUUUUUUUUUUAUUUUUAUGAUAGUUUCAACCUUAGAACAUAUACUAACUAAUAUUUCACUUUCAAUAAUACUCGUUUCUAUUUUAAUUAAAAUUUAUUUGAAAUCUUUUUUGUAGAUGAAAACAUAAAACUUUCUAAUUCAUCAGAAAAGUGCAUUUUCAUAACUUUUUUAUGUAUAACAGGAUUAUUAGCUACUCAUUGGAUUUCGUCGGGCCAUUUCCCACUAAGUGAUUUAUCGGAAUCUUUGCUUUUUCUUUCCUGGAGUUUUGCUCUUAUUAAUAGCCUUUCCUAUUUAAAAAAAAUACAAAAUUAUUAAGUACAAUAAUAAGCCCAAUCAAUUUUUGUAUCCAGGCUUUUGCUACUUCGGGUCUUUUCACAGAAAUUAAAAAAUCUUCAAUAUUAGUCCCCGCUCUUCAAUCUGAGUGGUUAAUAAUGCACGUAAGUAUGAUGAUAGUGGGUUACGCAGCUCUUAUAUGUGGCUCCUUAUUAUCAUUAUGGUCAUUACCUUUAGAAAAAAUGAAAAUAUUUUUAAAAUGAAUUAUAUUUUUUCGGCUAAAAAUUUUUAUAAGAUUCAAUUAAGUAAAGAAUUGGAUUAUUGGAGUUAUCGAGUUAUUAGUUUAGGGUUUAUCUUUUUAACCAUAGGAAUACUUUCGGGGGCUUUGUGGGCGAACCAAGCGUGGGGAUCUUAUUGGAGUUGGGAUCCUAAAGAGACUUGGGCUUUUAUUACUUGGAUAGUGUUUUCAAUUUAUCUACAUACUCGAAGAAAUAGAACUUUCGAAGGUGCUACUUCGGCAAUUGUGGCAUCUAUAGGUUUUCUUCUUAUUUGGAUAUGUUAUUUUGGAGUCAAUUAAUUGGAUUAGGUCUACAUACUUAUGGUUCAUUUUCGCGAACAUAAAAAAAGACAUUAAUUUUUUACUUCGUGAAAAGCUAAAAAUUUGUGAAACCCGUGCUCUCAAAUAAAAAUAUUUCCUAUUUGAGAGCACGGGUGUUCAAUAAAAAUAGAAUGAAUUCAAAUAUACUUUUCUGGACCAGAUCAAUAAGCGAGACCCAUACUGCGAGUUGUUUCAUGCCAUAAAUAAACUCGAACACUCAAGAAAUCUGUUGGGCAGGCGGAUUCACAUCUUUUACAGCCUACACAGUCUUCUGUUCUCGGAGCAGAAGCAAUUUGUUUAGCCUUACAUCCGUCCCAUGGUAUCAUUUCUAAAACAUCGGUGGGCAGGCUCGGACACAUUGAGUACAUCCUAUACAUGUAUCAUAAAUCUUUACAGAAUGUGCCAUUGGACGAAUAAAUUUAUAAACUUUAUGAAUUAUCGAUAUAGUAUCCUCCAAAUAUUAUUUUUAUCCAAUAUAAAAUUAUAAGAUACUUGGUUUUUAGAUACUAUAUGACUCAAUGAAUUCUCAGAAGGAUUCUAAUCAAUAGAUUUCUGGAUUGGUUUUGAAAAUAAAAAAAAAUUAUUUUAUGUUUUAAUAUUAUCAUUUUUUUAUAACUACGCAAACUACCUACAAACUACCUAAUAGGGUAAAUAAGGAUUCUUUUUUUAAUUAACUCAAUCUAUUGUUUUAAAGUUUUAAAUAAAUACUCCCUUC